AUUGCAGAAAUGUCACAUGUCGCCAUUUUGAGAACUAGGCCUUUAACAUUUUAAAAGAAGGCAUAAAUUAGGACUAUGAAUAAGUCAGCUGUGUUUAUGCUGUAAACUACACUACUGCUAGUUCUACUACUACUGAUGAUGAUGACAAUGAUGACGAUAAUCGUAAUACUUUAUAUGCUUUGGUAAUACAGGCAAUCAAAACGUACAGGAGAACAUGCGAAGGAGACGCAUUCCUCCACGGGAGGAUGCAGUCUGUCAUGUUUCUGCUGGAAGGGACAAACUGGGACUUGAUAUCCACUACAUAAAUGCCUUCAAAGGUCGGGGCAUUUUCACGACUGUUCCAUUCCAAAAAGGAGACUUCCUUUUGGAAUACAGAGGUAAACUCAUAACAAAAGACGAAUGUGAGCGGAGACACAGAGUUUAUCAUGACAGCCUGAAGGUGUUCAUGUUUGAAUUCAAGUUUGAUGGAAAACUCUGGUGUGUGGAUGCAUCUCAAGAAGAUGGGUCAUUAGGCAGACUUGUCAACGACAACCACAUCAGUCCAAGUGCUAAGAUGAAAAUAUUAAAUAUCAAUGGAAAGCCCCAUCUAUGCUUAUUUGCAAGCAGAGACAUGAGUCCAGGGGAAGAAAUAGACUAUAAUUAUGGUGACUCGGAUUGGCCCUGGAGAUGCAAGACUGAGACCAGCCAGAUUCAGAAGACUGUGAGCUGCCUAAAGCCGCAACCAAACUGCAUUCCAAACAAUGACCUGGACCUGAAACAUCCAGAGCCUGAAAGGUUUGUUUAGGGGUCUGGCACAAAUCCUGCCUUGCAAAAUUGUCAAAUCAGAAUUGUCACCAGUCAACACAGAAAGAAGAAAUUUCUGAAUAUUCAGGGGAAGAUGGAUUGCCACAUACAGUUCUGGAUCAAAUAUCAAGCGAUGAUGAUGGCAACCACAGCAUAUCAGAAGAAGAAUAUGUGCCAGAUUCAGAGUCAUAUGAUGAAGAUUCAGAUGAAGACAUCUCAUUAUUGCCAAGCACAUCAAAAGGUCUGCUAUGCCAAGAUGACAUCUCCAAAGCGCAUGAACAAUCAGAUUCAACGAAUUUAAUCCACAACUUGACAAAGGACAAGCCAGAAGAUAAAAGUGAGCUUUGCGAAACUGAAUCAGAAAAAAUGACUUUAAGUAAAAGAAAUUACUGCUAUUUUUGUGGCAAACCACAAGCUAAAAUUUCCCGCCACCUGAAAACGCACAAAACAGCUCCUGAUGUUGUGCAUGCAUUUUCCCUGCCUAGAGACUCAAACGAGCGUAAAAGCCUGUUAGAGAAAUUGAGAAAUAAGGGAAAUUUUAAGCAUAAUGCUGCAGUGUUGCAUGGUGGAGUGGGACCACUGAAAGUGAAGAGAAGACCCAAGAUUAAAGCAGUAGAGGGAAAGUUUGCUCAUUGCUUUUAUUGUCAAGGGAUGUAUGUUCGCAAGGAUCUUUGGAGACAUGUCCGCAGAUGUCCUAACAAACCAAAAGAUGACACGGAUAAAGAACCUGGAAGAACCAAAGUACUCGGCCUGGCUUUAACUCUGGAGUCUCAGUGUUAUCCGCAGGUGUCAAGUGGAGUGUGGAAGGUUCUUGCUGUUAUGAAACAAGAUGAGAUUGCCUCAGCUGUGCGAAAUGACUUUACUGUUAUUCAGUUUGCCCAGUCCCUCUACAAUAAACAUGGGCAAGACCCUACUAAGUAUGAUUAUAUACGACAGAAGCUUCGUGAAGCGGGACGUUUGUUGUUGUGUCUGCGUACAGAAUUCUCAGUGCAUAACAUCGAAGAAGCUAUUAAGCCUGCUAACUUCCAGAGAGUUGUGCAAGCAGUAAAGAAAGUUUCAGGUUUUGAUGAAGAGACACUGUCAUACAAAACUCCAAGCCUUGCGCUGAAACUGGGACAUACACUGCAUAAAAUGUCUGACAUUAUCCAUUGUCGUGCCCUCAUGACAGAGGAUGAAGCCCUAAUCAAGUCCACUGAUGCGUUCAAGAAGUUGUAUGUCUCCAAAUGGUCCGAGAUGGUGUCUCACCGUGCCUUGAACACAUUGAGUGAGGCAAAGUUUAACAAGCCAUCAACAUUGCCCUUUACAGAAGAUGUUCGGAUUCUCCAUCACUACCUUCAAAAAUCUGCAGAAAGUGCCUUUUGCAGCUUGGAGAACGAAGCCACAGCUCAGAAUUAUGCCCAACUUGCACAAGUUACACUCUCACAAAUCAUUGUGUUCAAUCGAAGACGUUCUGGAGAGGUUUCAAAGAUGCGCCUCAAAAGUUUUCUUGAAAGAGACAAAACGGCACUCCACACAGAUGUUUCCAUGGGGCUCUCAGAAAUGGAACAGAGACUCUGUAACUAUUUCUGUAGAAUAGAAAUAAUGGGAAAAAGGGACAGAAAUGUUCCAGUUCUGCUAACACCAAGCAUGCUGGAUGCUCUGUCACUACUGGUUAGUAGGAGGCCUGACUGUGGUAUUUGUGCCACUAAUAUCUACCUCUUUGCAAGACCCCGAUCAAUGAGUCAUUACAGAGGAAUGGACUCCUUGCGUGUUCAUGCACACCAGUGUGGAGCAAAGCACCCUGAGUAUCUAAGAUCGACACAGCUCAGAAAACAUGUUGCCACACUCUCACAAGUCCUUAAUUUGAAAAACAAUGAACUUGAUCAGGUUGCAGAUUUCCUGGGUCAUGAUAUCCGCGUUCACCGCGAAUUCUACAGAUUACCAGUUCCCACAACACAGCUGGCCAAGAUUUCCAAACUGCUUUUAACACUGGAAAAAGGACAUCUUUCCCAGAUCCAGGGGAAGUCACUGGAUGAGAUCGAAAUUGAAGAUGAAAUUGCAUUAAGUGAUGCUGAAACAAAGGACAGUGAGAGUGAAUCAGAUGAUGAUGACACAGCACUCACAAUGUCGGCGUGUGGCACCAGUGAGCCUGUACAUGCAGUAGCUGAUUCCACAAACACAGCGCAGCUCCAAGACACUGUAGAUUGUGAUGAAGAACCACUCAUAAUGCCUGCAGCAAGUGAGACUGCUGCUCCCUCUGAAGAUAAAAAUGCUGCUCAAUCCCACAAUUCCCGAAGAGCUCCCAAAAACAUGUGGUCCAAGGCUGAGGUUGCUGCAGUGAUGAGGCAUUUUAAAGACCACAUAAACGAAGGGAAACUGGCCACCAAAAAUGAAUGCAGUCAUUGCAAAUUGGUAGAAGAUCCGAUGUUGGCAGGAAGAACAGUUCAAAACAUAAGAGAUUUUGUAAGAAACAGAGGAUUAACUGCAAAAAGGCAGAAAAAAAUGAACUAAAAUAACUGUUUAGCCAGAUGUGGUUUUACAUCUUGGUCAGAUGGCCAAACUGUUGUUAAAACUGAGUUAUUGUGCAGCAGGCUGCC